AUGGCGAGCACCGAGGGGAGCAGGGCCGGCUGCGGGCGCCCAGCCUUGCCCACCGACGGCUCACGGCCAGAGCGGACAGCCAAGGACCAGGACCCCGAGCGUAGGCGAGCGCUCGAGCUGCAGUGGGCCCUGGAGUGGGCCCUGACGACCUUCACAGGGCACUGGAUAGAGGACCCGCAAGUUUUGGAUGACGACAGAGACGCGCUCCACUGGCGGAGGCACUGCGUCCCGUAUGUCGAUCACUACCUCUCGCACCCUGCGAUGGCGCUUCUCGUCCACGGGCGCGCCCAGCAUGACGGCCACGGGAACAUGGCCACGGCGCAGCUGGACAUGGCGAUGGAGAUUUGCGACCAGGCCUUCAGACAGCGUCGAUCCUACAGGAUGCGCUAUUGGGCAUGGCUGCGCAUGCUGGAGGCGCGCGCCGCUGCGCGGCACAGCCUCAACCUGGUCUUCCGCAACGCUGCUUCCGCGGAGGAUCGCGCCCGCCCACUGCGGGAGAAGGCCCUCGAGGGCCAGGAUGCCUCGAUCCUCGAGCUCGACGGCUUCGACGACCUCGGCCGCGUCAAGAUCAUUAUGGCCACCAACCGCCCCGACACGCUGGACCCCGCGCUCCUGAGGCCUGGCCGCCUGGACCGCAAGGUCGAGAUCAGCCUUCCGAACGAGCAGGCCCGAGUCGACAUCCUCAAGAUCCAUGCGGGCCCCAUCACCAAGCAUGGCGACAUCGACUGGGAGGCAAUCGUCAAGCUUACGGACAGCUUCAACGGCGCAGAUAUGCGGAACAUUUGUACCGAGGCGGGCAUGUUCGCCAUCCGUGCCGACAGGGACUAUGUCGUCGAGGAGGAUUUCAUGAAGGCCUCGAGGAAGAUCUCUGACAACAAGAAGCUCGAGGCGAGAGAAUGGCAUCGUGAGCAUCACGGGUCAGUACCUCCUCGAGGACGGAGGCCGAAGGCAUGGGGCCUCCAGGGAAGAGGGCUCGACUGCCCGUGCCAGGGGAAGCUCGACUACGAGAAGGUGUGAGCACGUCUGGGCACUGGCCCCAGGACUCAGCGGCGAGCGAGGGGGGGAAGGUGAGAAGGAGGAGGCCUGCUCAGCAGGCGGCGGGGCCCCUCCAGAAGCCCUCGCGCCUUCUCAGAAGUUGUCUGCGUGCUCGGGGGAGGCUUCGCCAACUUCUCAGAAGGCCGGGGUGACUGCCGAGCCUUCUGAGAAGGCCCGCCUCUUCCCACUUCGCCCAGGCUCGCCGCCGAUGGCUGUCCCUCGUCCUCGUUGUCAUCGUCACCCUCCCCCGUCCCUUGCAGGUUCCGCUCGGACGAUGGGGGAGGACCUCCCCGCCCCCCGCGUGCCACGGCCGUGCGGCCCGGCGCGUGUGGCCGUUGCGCCCGACGCCCGCGCCUCGCGCCCGCAGACGGCCGGAGAGGGGCCCUCCGCUGGCUUCGAAAGCU